CUCCCUCCACCUCGAGCCAACCAUCUCUUUCUCGCAUUCCACUUCCACCCACCAACGAACCAUCAUCUCUCUCUCUAUCUAUCCUGGUCCAUCCAAAUCCGCUGGUGUUUGUUGGCACUGGUCAGUACACACUACUGUCAACAAUACUAGACAUUGUUGUUUUCUUCCGCCUAUCCAAUCGUUCCUUCUGCGGCGACCAGAGCAGCAACUUCAUUCGUCUUGCUCAUUCCCACCUCCGCCUUACGUCGCGCAUGUAUGUUUAGAUUCAUUCUUUUCACUAGAUCUCGAUACUAGGCGACGCAUCUAGUCAACAAGCAUUUUUGCCGGCUGACCAGACUUGCAGCGUACCAAGCAUCAGCACCAGCCCGAGCAACGGUAUCUGCAUCUGCGUCCUGCAGCUGUCCGUCCCCGUUCCGAUCCUCGUCGCUGCGCAUUCGCUCCAUCGCGUCGCAAGCUGUGCUGUACACGCCUUUCCAAUCCACUCAAGCCGAGUCUUCGUCUUCCCACUUUCCGGCACCAGAUUCGUCAUUCGCGCCUCGUGGUAGACCGCCUCAACACAGGCUCGUGGCCGAUUCGACUGCCUCCUCCGAAGGCCCCUCCCAAGGCCGUCCUCGCGCACGCUGCAACCACUUCCGCCUCCCCCACCGUCCUCUAGCCAGCCUGGGAAGCUUGCCGACUGGAAAUCAUUUUGGGCACACACGGCGCAAGAGAAGGCGAUCGUCUGACCAACUGGUCCGAGAGUGACGCAGGCCAGCAUUAGGCAUUCUGCGUCGGUGCCGCCUCAGGGUGUGACGUGGUCAAGGUUAGCCAAACAAUUUCUCGCCUUGCUAUCCGGCCGCUGCGGCUAUCCUGAAACUACAUCAUGUCGACCUCCCCACCCAAAGAGCCCGAUGUCGAACAGAGUGCACAGUCCGGCGAAGAGCAGGAUCAUAUGGAUCGCGAACAAGAAGGACAAGCAGGCACCGGUCUAGGUGAAUUCGAGGUCAAGGAGCAAGACCGAUGGCUUCCCAUCGCAAAUGUUGCCCGAAUCAUGAAACAGGCUCUGCCCGACAACGCCAAAAUCGCAAAAGAGGCCAAAGAGUGUAUGCAGGAAUGUGUGAGCGAAUUUAUCAGCUUCAUCACGAGCGAAGCAUCCGAGAAGUGUCAACAGGAAAAGCGCAAAACGGUCAAUGGGGAGGAUAUUCUAUUCGCCAUGACCUCGCUUGGGUUCGAGAACUAUGCCGAGGCGCUCAAGAUCUAUCUUUCCAAGUACCGCGAAACCCAAUCCACAAGGGGCGAGAACCAGAACAGACCAACCAGCAGCGGUUAUGGGGGCCCAGUCGGGGGCGGCGGUCAGAGCAAUGCAGCCGGUGGGCCCGCAGCAGGCUACGCCGGGCAACCCGAGCAUGCCACCGACUUAUUGAACCAGAGCCAUGGCUUGAAUGCGAGCGAACACGAUGCUACCAGCGCGUACGGCUAUCCCGGCGCCGUGCCCACCGGCCACAAUGGCAUCUCCAACGACAACUUCUAGGACACGAGAUGGGGCCCGAAAGAGUGAGGGCAGCUAUGGCACAGCAAAUGACAAGAGUAUAUUUUUUGCCCGUUCCUCGAGCACGGCCUGUGGAGAUGUGAAGCUAAGUGGCAGGGUGGUGAACGAGAAGACGGCUAUUGUGACAAGACUGACGGUCCAUUCGUUUCUGCGUCUAAUACUUGUACAUGGAUGAGGGGUGGGCUGGCAAUUCUGGUAUCUCAAGGGAUGGCAGGGGAAGGAAUAAAAGGGGGCUGUCUGAACAUGGAAAGAUUAUGUUGCCCACUGGCAAUUCAGGAUGAAAGACCUAUGGCAAAGUGGAUGAGGAGAGUAGGAGGUAAAGAGCUUGAGACAGAAGGCAAUGAAGUAUUGAGGUUAUGCAUCAUAGAGC